CUAUAUUACAUGAAGUAGUUAACACUCUUAGAUGGACAUAAUUUUUUGCCUACUAGGGAGAAUUUUUGUUGAUUGAAGACAUAGAUUGUUCGCUCGAAGUUUGGUUAUAUAUGAGGAGUUAUGGAGAGAGAACCUUGCUAACAAAUGGAAGGCUUUGAUGAUUCAACAUUAAAUAGUGUCAUAGAGUCUCAUUAUCCUUUCAUAUCGUAUAGACCUUUACGACCAUCUGAUUUAAAAGUUCUUGAGAAGAUCCAUGGAGAGUUGUUCCCUUUCAGGUACGAACCUGAGUUUUUCCAAGAUAUUGUAAAUGGAGGUAAUGGCAUUGUAUCUUGGGGAGCUGUUGACUGCAAUAGGACCAAUGGUAAGAGUGAUGAACUUAUUGGAUUUGUUACCACAGAAGUUGUCUUUGCAAGAGGAAGCGAGGUAGAUGAUCUUGUCAAGUUUGAUCCAUCAAAGCCUAAUGAGACUGUAGCUUAUAUCUUAACGCUUGGAGUCUUAAAAUCUUAUAGAAAGCUUGGAAUAGCCACUUCUCUAAUCAGUUUGGUCAUUGAUUAUGCCACAAGCAUGCAAACUUGCAAAGCAGUUUAUCUUCAUGUGGUUUCUGACAAUGCACCGGCUAUCUCGCUCUACAAGAAAAUGUCAUUUAAAUGUAUAAGGAGAUUGUGUUCUUUUUAUCCGAUCGAAGCCGGUCAGCGGGACGCAUUCUUGUACAUAUACUACCUUAAUGGUGGCCGUUCUCCUCGCUCGCUCAUAGAGGCUGUUACCCUUUUGAUUAGUUAUGCAAAGGGUAUACUUCAAAAGUCCAUCACGGCCAUAUUGUGAAAAUGUGAGAAAGUAGACUUCCGAUUUCCGAAUGUAUGGAAACAGAACAAACUUUUGGGAGGACAUAAUGUAACUGAAACAACAAGCAGAGUUCAAUUUGUUUAUUCAUCAAUUAUAUGUACACCUCUUGAAAUCGUGUGAAUAAUGGAUGAGAAGAUAAAAGCAAUAUUUUAGUCCUAAUUUUAUUGUUUGUGAGGUUCACAAUUUCACAUGCCUUCAAAAAGAGAUAUGAUGAUUGAGAUCAAAAGACAUACACUUGACACUUUCAGUAAGCUAAUGAUCUUCAUAUCUACUACGCAACAAACUA